AUAUGAGAUAAAUCGUUCGUGGUAUUGUAGCCCAGGAUUGUCGAUUUUUUGCAAAAAGUUUAAAGUACUCAAUAAGUAAGUAGGUACCUGUACUUACCGUACAAAAGUUAUUUCUCCUGUAAUUUUGUCUCGAUCCCUCUCUUUUUCCUCUAUCUCCACUAUAUUGUGCUGCACUCUACUCUCUGACCGUCAGUAUGUUUUAUUCGGCUCGCAACUCACAAUAAAAGGCAGCUCCUGUUAGUGUAUGCCCGAGACAAGUAAGAAGAAGCAAAGCAAAGUGACGAGCAUCGUCAAACGAAUUAAAAUGAGUGUUCCAACAUCAAAGAAAGGCAAGGAUGACGCUAACCGGGAAGUGUCAGAUGUUGCCAAAGAUGCAAAGAGCUUUAUUGAAAAAAUCUUGGGUGAUGUCAGCAAAACAUCGGCCACCAAACAAAUUGUAAUUGGAAGCGCGUCAGGAUGGGCUACUGGCUUUCUAACAAUGAAAGUUGGAAAAGUUGCUGCCUUUGCAGUUGGUGGUGGCAUCAUCAUGCUCCAAAUCGCGGCGAAUCAAGGCUAUAUCAAAAUUAAUUGGGAUAAGAUUCAGAAGAAGGCCGACAAGAUUACUGAUAAAGUUGAAGAAAAAUUGACUGGAGAAGGUCCUAAAUUGAUAGAUAAGGUGGACAGAUUUAUAGACGGAAAGCUGGACAAGGCCGAGCAACUGUUGAAGAACGGCCAGAGCCGGGGUCGGCGCUGGUACCAGCACUUCUGCGGCAGCGAGGAGAGUUUCCAGAUCCGGGAGAUCCACUUCUUCCUCGUAUCUUUCGCCGCGGGUGUUGCGAUAGGCAUGGCGUCGGCCAACUAGGUAUACGAGUGCUGCGCUUUGUUCGUAGAUACAGCGCGCAAGAAAUUACAGCGAACUCCGGCAAUCGAGCUCGAGUCUCUUCCGAGCGAGGAAAAGGCUCUGGACGUCAAUGAUAUCGUUGAAAAGCUCACCCAGUUCUGCGAGGAAGCCAAGAAGAAUUUCUUCGAGUUCAGGAGUUGGUGCCGGCAGCAGGUGCACGAGUACCUCUGAGCUGAUACAUUGCGACGCUUCUACGCUUCUCUUGGAGAUGGGCGCGGCUCUCGAAAUUUUUUUUACGCAACGAAUGAUUGGUUGUUAACUUUUUUUCUUCUUUUUGAUGAUUAAAUUUUCCAAGAGAAUCCGAGUGUGUUUAUGACUACGUGGAGAAUUAAAGAGCACAAUUAUUUUAUCUCAAAUUUUUUUAAAGAAUUUGAUUAAUGGUUAGGCAAGUGGCCAUUGUAAAAAGACAAUAACAAUUUUGAUAUUUUACUAUUAAACAUUUUCAAAAAUCAACGUUUUUUUUAAUUAUAACAUCAAAGAUUUAAUACUUUUAAACCUGAAAUAAAAUGUAAGAUUUGAGUUUUUUAAAAGUAUUCUAUAAUUUGCAAACGAAUUAAAGAGUCAGCACCUCGAUCUUUGCUCUCAUAGAGAAUAACUUUCGAUCCAAGUGGUAUCUACGUGCAAAAUGCAGCACGAUUAUAAAGAAACAAUACACGAAAAAAAAAACGAUUGUAUCAAAUGAAAAUCUUGGAGUAAUCAUUAGUAAUAAACGUAUUGUACUACCGUAGUUUAUCUGCUGUAUCAAGUAUUAGUUGUUUUCUAUUGUGAAUGUAGGAUAAUAUUAUGAUGCAUCAAUAAUGUUUUUCUUUUCGUUUUAGAAUCAAUUUUUUGGUUCUGCUUUAGUUUAAUGUGCAUAGCCACAGUUGGAUUGUUAAGAUGUUAUUCUGUGUACAUAUUGUAUUUUAUCAAUUUGCUCACUUCAGUGCACUCAGUCGUCAAUCAAUUAAUUUAAUUUAUUUACUAAUGUAAUUAACUUAAUACUCACGUGAUUAUACUUGAAACAUGAAUGAAAAUAUGGAUAUUAAAUAUAUCAAAGACAUUGAUAUGAUGCAAGAGACAAAAAAUGAAAGAAGUAAAUAAUAGCACACUUCUGAUGUAGCACCGGAGGUAUAUGUUGGAUGAAAAAAGUACUGUAAUAAGGGACUAAAAAUAACUAUGU